AUGGGAGUUUUAAACCAAUCACAUAAUUCACUGAAGUCUCUUUCAGAAAGUUUGACAACGAGCACACUGCUGAAUGGCUUUUACUGUUCUUCCAUUAUUCCUGAAAGCAAUUUAUUGAAAGAAACCAAUUUAGAAUUGAAACAUUUUGCACCAUCGUUAUCUCGUGAGGAAAACAAGCAACUGGGCCAUAUUGGAGAUGGUACUGAUUUUGUAAUUCAAAUGUUACAAUGCAGUCCAAUGGCUUCCGCUAUCACUGAUUUAAAAGGAAAUAUUUUAGCAAUGAACUCUGCAUUCAAACAAAUAUUUAAAGUGAAAGAAGUAUUAAAUCCUAUUAAGAAUAGAAGUGAAGUAGGACAUGUAACAAAUUUUAUGCCACCAGAAUACAGAAAUCAGCAUGACAAGCACAUGUUGAAAUUUAAAAACAGCAACGAGACCAAAAUGAAAAGAAUAACCUUUGGAUACACGACUGAAGGCGACAAAAUUCCUAUAAUGCUCACGAUUGCAUUAACUACACUUCCGUCAACACAAAAACCUUGCUAUAUUUGCUUUGUUAAAGAUUUAACAUUUGAAUUUAAGCAUAGUACAUUGGCUGAAAUGUAUGAAACCGUAACUGGAAAUUCAUCGUUUCCUAUAAUCGCCAUUGAUGAAGAAUGUACCGUUAAACUAUUUAACAAAGCAGCAGAAACGACAUGGAUGGUAACUAAAUUAGAGGUGAUGGAAAGAAAUGUAAAUAUUCUAAUGCCAGAGUCAAUUGGCAAGUUUCACACUAAAAUGGUGCAGAACUAUUGUACGGGAAAAAAAGAAGGAAAACUAAUUAAUAGAGUACAUCAAGUGGUUGGAAAGAGAGUCGGUAAUGGACACGAGUUUCCCUUAGAAAUUAAGAUUGCUGAGAUUCGGCACGAAAUUAAUUUAAAACGAUCCUUUAUUGCUUUUCUGAGAGAUCUUACAGCUGUGAUGACAGCCAGAGAGUUUCAAUUAACGCUCUAUCCAGUGUCAGUCGUGAACCAACUUGAGGCAGGCCAAAGGACCAUCCACAAAUAUCAUUCAUGUAUUUCUGUUUUGUUUUGCGACAUUGUUGGGUUCACGGAAAUUUCUAGACGUAUGUCUAGUGAGGAGCUAGUGAAAAUGUUGGAUGAAAUUAUAACAUCGUUUGAUGAAAACCUUUUGCUGAGAUUUGGCUUGGAGAAAAUCAAAACAAUGGGUGACAAUUACAUGUGUGCCAGCGGGUUAGAUUCAAAUCCUCAUCAUGCAAGUAACAUUGUAGAAGCAGCUCUUGAAAUGCAAACACUUCUAAUUGAGUUCAACAAGAAACAUGCCGCUGAUCUAAGAGAUAGGUUUCCUUCUCAAUAUCAAGAAGAUGACAACACUAUUUCAGUGAGAGUUGGUAUUAAUUCAGGAGAGUUAGUUGCUGGCAUUGUAGGAAGUAAGAAACCCGUCUAUGAUGUUUUUGGUGAUACAGUUAACAUGGCCUCUAGGAUGGAAUCAUCAGGCAUUGAAAGUGAAGUCCAAAUAACUCAAGCUACAUAUAAUUUAUUAAGAGAUGAUUUAAAAAAGAGAUUUGUUUUGCGAAGGAACGUGACAGUGAAAGGAGUUGGUCAAAUGGACACGUAUAUCUCGCAACUAAGGCAAGAACGAGAAAAGCAUUUUCGACCAAAGUCUGUUGAAAAUUCAACUGUAGAUAUAAAUACCAACAAACAAGUCAACGGCAUCAGACAAAUGGAAUUUGAAGACGUUGAUGACACCGAUUUACCAUCACAGAUCAACCAUCGAUAA